AUGGCGUAUCUCAGAUUCUUACACGCACCACCACCACCGGCUCAGCUCACACUAGGGUUUCCUUCACCACCUCAGUUUCUCUCCAUUGCUCCACCUCUCAAACUCUCUCUAUCCUCUUCUAACUUCAGGUGCAAAGUUUUCAGGAGAUUGAAAGCUAAUCAAAGGCUGUUGACUGUUUUUGCAACAAACCCCAACUCUGUAGAUGGGAAAUCUCCCAUAGAAGGAUCAGAUGUAAAUGAAAUUAGCAAUGCUGCUCAGGGACCUCCUCUGCUUACUAUUUUGGCUGGAUUCUUUGUCCUCUUCGUCGUUUGUUGGAGCAUCUGGUCCAUUAUAACGUGGCUGAUAAGUUUGAUUGUUACUGCACCUGCUCCGAAAUAA